UGCGUAAUAAUUUUGAUUUUUCUCAGCCAAUUUUGUUCCGAAGUCCUCCCCGCUUCACGCAGCCUCCCAGCACAGAAGGAUGUCGUCGUCCAGCGAGCCGUGCGGCCCCUGCGAGCUGAGCUGCCCCCGGCCCAUCGCCGAGAGCACCAACGAGCCGUGUGUGCGGCAGUGCCCCGACUCCAGAGCGCUGAUCGUGCCCCCGCCGGUGCUGGUGACCAUCCCGGGCCCCGUGCUCAGCUCCUGCCCCCAGGACAGCGUUGUGGGAUCGUCGGGCCCGCUGUGGCCGGAGCGCUCCUUCAGUUCCCGCAGCGCCCUGGGCUCCGGGGGCUCCUUUGGGCUGGGGGGCUCUGGGGGUUAUAGGGGAUCCUCUGGCUAUGGGGGCUCCUCUGGCUUUGGGGGCUCCUCUGGCUCCGGAGGUUAUGGGGGCUCCUUUGGGUCCGGAGGUUAUGGGGGCUCCCGGGGCUAUGGGGGCUCCUUUGGAUGGGGACCUUAUAGGGGUUCCUCUGGCUAUGGGGGCUCUUUUGGGUGGGGACCUUAUGAGGGCUCCCAGAGCUAUGGGGGCUCCUUUGGCUCUGGAGGUUAUGGGGACUCUUGGGGUUAUGGCGGUUCCCGGGGCUAUGGGGGUUUCUCAGGCUAUGGGGACUCCCUUGACUACGGCCGUUCCCUGGGUUAUGGGGGUGACACCGGCUAUGGGGGCUCCCUGGCGGGCUAUGGGGGCUCCUUCGGAGGCUACGGAGGUUCCCUGGGGGGCUAUGGGGGUUCCCUGAGGGGCUAUGGAGGCUCCUUUGGCAAUUGGGGGCGGCCCUACAGCUCCGGCUUCUCCUCCCGUGGCCUGGGCUAUUCCCUGCCCGGCUUCCAGAGAUGGGGCCGCUCCCGCCGCGGCAGCUGCGAGGUUUUCUAA